CAUCAAUCAUCUUUCCAUCUCAUUCCAUUCACAACAACGUCCGGUCUGGUUACCGCACGUGCUAUUCUUUAAUCACAUUUUCCCAAUCUUCAACUUCAGGUCCUAGCCACCAACACCACCAAAUCUUCAACAAUGGUUCGCAUCAGUGCCUUCGCUCUUCUGGCUUUCGCCGUUUCCGCCCUGGCGGCUCCCCAGAACCCGGCUACGAGCGCGGCCCCCGGGCAGUUCGUCGACUACAAUGGCAACCCGCUGUCUCCGGAGAAUCUCGCGAAGCUCAAGGAGGCGGACAAGAAGGUGGAGAAGGCUAACGCGGAGCUGAUUGCCACCUUCACCCCCGAGCAGAAGAAGAAGGCCGACGAGUCCAUGGCCGCUUGGGUGGAGGGGGAGAAGAUUCUCGGAGCAAAGUUCCCCCAGGGGACGGGGGAGCAAACCGGCACUGCUGGGGGUAAGCGCUCUCUCGCGCAGGCUCAUAAGCCCGUCUCGCGCGUGCGCAAGCCCUUCUAA